AUCAUGCUACUACAAUUUACACAGGACACCUGCAUUUUUCAAAUCCACAAUUUAUUAAUAUAUUGAUUAAUAUAUUAUAACCUCCGCACGAAAAAGGUGUAAUGGGUGUCCGUGGGUUGACGACCUAUAUUGCAGCGAAUGCGGAACGCUUCCUGGAACCGUACGAGCUGCACGACACAGAUCUGGUCAUCGAUGGAGACAAUCUGUGCAUCCAGCUGUUUGUGCGCUCGGAGGAGCGUAUGGGCGCAUUCGGGGGAAACUAUGACCACUACUUCCGGGCCGUAGUGGACUUUUUCGAGCUACUGAAAAAGUGUGCAGUUAGAGCGUGGGUUCUGCUGGACGGAGGCUACGAACGGAGCAAGCUGAAAACGGUUCGAAGUCGGCUAUUGGGGAGGAUCCAUUUUGUGAAAAACGUGCGACCCGGAUCUAAUCGGUUGAUCAUUCCGCUGUUCAUCAGGGAAGUGUUUGUUGAUGCUUUGAGGGCGGUGAAGGUUCCUUUUAUGCGGUGCUUGUUCGAGGCGGACAAUGAGGUUGCGAUUUUGGCUAGGAAGUUGGACUGUCCAGUGCUGAGUUAUGAUAGCGACUUCUAUAUUCACAACGUGAAGUAUAUUCCGUACGUGACGGUGAACCAUAAGAUCUACCGGAAGGUGGUUGCAGAUGAGGGAAAGUACGAGAUAGAGCUGGUGGGCGGAAAGAAACGUCCCAAUCGGGUCCUGGCCAAGCAAGGUGAUGGACCGUUGGAGGAGGACAACGUUAAAGAGUCGUUCUGCUAUUUGGAUUGUUCGAUGUACACGAUAGAGAACCUGAUUGGUUCGGACGAGCGGUUGAAGCCGGAAAUGCUCCCGUUGUUUGCUGCCCUGUUGGGCAACGAUUACAUCAGCCGCGGUAUUUUAUCGAGAUUCUACGCCUCGAUGAAGGUAGGCAAGAUUAGUAGAAAGGUGGUGGGCCAUCAGCGUAGGGUGGUUGCUAUUUUGAAAUGGCUCAAGCACCAUUCACUGAAAUCUGCCACUACGACUAUCGUUAAUCAAGUGCGGGAAAAGAAUCGAGAUGGUCUGCUGAGGCAGCUGGAGGGAGCCAUGUAUGGGUAUAAUUGUGAGGAAUGCACUUCGUACGGGUAUUUUGGUUUCGUGGAGGAAGAACAUGAGGAAGCAGGUGCGGGUAAAUUUCGAGAAUAUCUUGAACAAAGCACAGCGGAAGAUGAAGUGAAACUAGUAGUAGAAGCAGCUGCAGACGAGCUGGUUGAGUCGGACGGUGAAGUGGUGGCAUCAGACGAUGGCGGUUCUGAGAAGAAUAACCAAUCUGGAGAAGAAUCUUCCGAUGAAGAAGAGGACAGUGAAUUAACGGCAGACAAUGCUUUCAACUGGGAACCGUGGCUGUUGGAUAUUUACCAAGCAGCUUUGACGCCACGAUUUGUGGUAGAUUUAUACCAUUCAAGUCAGUACAUCAAUUAUCCCCAGGUGGAAGACCUAAACCAACCGGAUAGCAACGAAAUUUGCUAUGAACUAUUGAAGCACAUUUUCGCUCUCCUGAAAAGUGGCAAGAGGGCGACCAAUUUCCGGUAUCUGACGAGAUGCGAACGGGUGGCGCAGCUCCGGUGGUUGAAGUUUGAAAAUGUUGAACUGCCACGGGAGAUAAGCUUCAAUCCGAACAAGGACAGAAAUAUGCCCCUUCUGAAGGUGGUGUUCGAAGAUUUCGCUAAUCAAAAGGAAAUCUUCGAAGCGAUUCCCCUGCUACCAGUCAAUAUUCAGUUGUACUUCCUCAGUGUGAUUUUUUGGAUCACAAAAAUUGACACCGUAACAUGUGCCCACGUGCAUGCUUUAAUCGUUUGUCUGAUUCAGCUGCAAAUGAUUGACAAACGGCUACCGAACAAAUCACGAGAUGCCAACGUGUUUCAACGGAACCAGAAAUCGUACCUGGAAAACCAGCGGAAAUCUUUCCGAAAAACCGAAAUCUCCGUCCAGGAAUCCCUUUCGAAAACGACAAUUAAAAAGUUGUCCACUGCCAUUGGCAAACCGGAGGCGAUUUUGACCUACGACCUUCUGCUGCCGCAUUUCUCCAUCAACGAUCGUCACCUUCGAAAACACGGCGAACUGGAUCGCCCCACGGCGCACGUCUUUGCGCAACUGCAAGCCGUCGUGUUGAAUUUGUUCACAUUGAAUGGCCUCCUGAGGCACCCGUUCGAACCCACCCGAAUGCACGAAUGCUACAAUGGGGUAUUCUUGCAAAAUAUCUACCAUGCGGUCCGCUCCCGCCAGGAUACGAUGGAGUACAUCCGGGGGACCGUGUUCCGGUACUCGGCGACAAUGUUCGCCAUCCAUCGACUGCUGUACGAAUGGGUGGUACGACUGGUGCCGCAGCUGGAAGCGCGCAAUGGAACCGCUAGGGCAACGAAGGGAGCUCGGAAGGCGAAGCAACAGCAGAGGAAGCGGGAGCCAACGAAGCAGCAGGUGGCGGACAAUGAUUGCUUGCUGGAAGGAGACGGCGAGUCUAGUGACGAUAAGGACGAAGAGGGUGAAUUGUAUAAUGACUUGAAUAAUCAGUUCAGUCAGCUGUUGCUGAGCGGUCAGUAAACCUAGAGUAAGGUGAGUUUUGGAACUUUUUUUUUUUUUUUGAAUUUGUGUUAGGGCAGGUUGAUAAAUGCGAAUUUGUUCGGGAAUACAAGAAGUAGAGUCGUCUUAUGUUGUAUUUAUUGGUUACAUUUGCCAUACGAGGUUAAAGUGUCGCUCAGAGUAGUCUACAGGGUUGGCCCAAAUAAGUGAAGCAAACAUAAAAAGGCAUAACUUUGAAUCGGAAUGAUCUUUUCCUAACAGUUCAAAUCGGUCACUGUUAGCUUUUAUGGUUGCUUUUAGUCUUUUCGGGAAGGCAUCACACCUGAUGUUAAGGAAUUUCAUUUUAUAUUUUUUGCAAAGUUGUCUUGAAUUUCUCAUUCUUUAUUGGCUUGGGGUUCUGAAACAUGCGAAUACCCCUAGUUAAGUCGAGCACCGUAAAAUAUUGACCUUUUCCUAGUCUAUCUAGGAUCCACUGGAGUUUUCACUUUUCGAUAGUCAACAACAAUACGAUACUAUCGCUUCCCAGAGUUGUCGAGUUUUUUUGGGUGAGGUCCAAUGUGAAGAGGACUCUGAUUAUGCCGCUGUCCAACAUCAUUUGCACCAAUUGACUGAGGAUGAUGAGCAUUUGAAAAUGUUUGUUUAAAUUCUAGUAGUUUUCCUAUCUGAUUAAGGACCUCAUUGUUAUAUUCGGUUCCUUGAUCAGAUCUUAGUUCUAAGAAGUUUCCAUAUAUCAAUAUAAAAUUAUCCACUAAAGGUCUAGAUUUUUUUUCAUUUCGUUUCUUUGGUAGGUUCAAAAAAUGUGAUAACAACUCAACGGAGCCGAGUAACAUAGACUGCAAAAAAAUUGUAUUCAAAAUACAUAUUAAUACGAAUUCUUCUUCUUGGGCAGUGACUUAGCGACUCUCGCCCGCGCUCGCAACUUCAUCCUUUCCUGAAUCUGUCCGUCUUCCUCUUUGAACCUGGUAUUUUGCUAUUGUUUCCGGACGUCGUUUUCAGUUGUUCAGUUGCUAUGGGGUAGUCGCGUCCAUUUCGACCUCAUUUUCCUCCAACACAUCCAACCCUUUCUUUCGACUGUUUCCUAGUUUACUGUAUAUGUCAGCAAUCAGUGCAUCUAAGAUUUUCUUAAUUUUCUUAACUGAUUUACCCUACCCUACUGAUUUUCAUCUUCGUGUGUUUCAGUUUCUUCGAAUUGGCUUCUAGGACUUACAGUGUAUCUCAAAAUUGAUCAUACACCAUAGAAGAU